CCUUAAGGUCCAAAAAUGGCGUUUUGGCUUCUAUUUGCUGUUUUCUCUAGUGUUCUUCUUCUUCCUGAACCUGCAUUUGGGAAAACAAGGCAUUAUACGCUGGACAUAAAAAUGCACAACGUGACACGCCUUUGCCACACAAAGAGCCUAGUUUCUGUAAACGGGAAGUUUCCAGGGCCUAAGCUUAUUGCUAGAGAAGGUGACCAGCUUCUCAUCAAAGUUGUUAACCAUGUGCCAAACAAUAUCUCUCUCCACUGGCAUGGGAUCAGGCAAUUACGGUCUGGUUGGGCUGAUGGACCAGCUUACAUAACCCAAUGUCCUAUUCAGACAGGGCAAAGCUAUGUCUAUAACUACACCGUUGUUGGUCAAAGAGGCACUCUGUGGUACCAUGCUCACAUUUCAUGGCUCAGAGCAACAGUUUAUGGUCCUCUUAUCAUUCUUCCCAAACACGGUGUUCCUUACCCGUUUCACAAACCUCACAAAGAAGUUCCCGUGGUCUUUGGGGAGUGGUUCAACGCAGACACUGAGGCAAUCAUUCGCCAAGCAACACAAACAGGAGGUGGUCCUAAUGUCUCUGAUGCUUACACGAUCAACGGUCUUCCUGGUCCGCUAUACAACUGCUCAGCUAAAGAUACUUUCAGACUGAGAGUGAAGCCAGGAAAAACAUACCUUCUAAGACUAAUCAACGCGGCACUUAACGACGAGCUCUUUUUCAGCAUAGCAAACCACACGGUUACAGUUGUUGAAGCUGAUGCGAUCUACGUCAAGCCGUUUGAGACGGAUACCAUCUUAAUCGCUCCUGGACAAACCACAAACCUCUUGCUGAAGACAAAACAAAGUUACCCGAAGGCCUCUUUCUUGAUGACUGCUAGACCAUACGUCACAGGUCAGGGAACUUUUGAUAACUCUACAGUUGCAGGCAUCUUAGAAUAUGAACAACCUAAACAUACAAAGACCUUUAUCAAGAAGAAUCUUCACCUCUUCACACCAGUACUCCCUGCUCUAAACGACACAAACUUCGCUACCAAGUUCAGCAACAAGCUGCGAAGCUUGAACAGCAAGAGAUACCCGGCAAACGUGCCUCUGAAGGUUGAUCGGAAGUUCUUCUUCACGGUGGGAUUGGGAACAAACCCUUGCAACCACAAGAACAACCAGACGUGCCAGGGUCCUACUAACACCACAAUGUUUGCUGCUUCGAUCAGCAACAUCUCCUUCACAAUGCCAACGAAAGCUCUCCUUCAGUCUCACUAUUCUGGGCAAUCUAACGGAGUGUAUUCUCCGAACUUCCCGUGGAAUCCCAUUGUGCCUUUUAACUACACAGGCACCCCACCUAACAACACAAUGGUUAGCACUGGGACAAACGUGAUGGUUCUGCCUUAUAACACUAGUGUAGAGCUGGUGAUGCAAGAUACUAGCAUUCUUGGUGCGGAAAGCCAUCCUCUUCACCUUCACGGGUUCAACUUCUUUGUCGUUGGCCAAGGGUUUGGGAACUUUGACGCGAAGGAGGAUCCUAAGAAGUUCAACCUUGUUGACCCAAUAGAGAGGAACACGGUAGGUGUGCCAUCUGGUGGAUGGGCUGCUAUUAGAUUCAUUGCAGAUAAUCCAGGAGUGUGGUUCAUGCACUGUCACUUGGAAGUACAUACCAGUUGGGGUCUGAGGAUGGCUUGGCUUGUGCUUGAUGGAGAUAAGCCUGAUCAGAAACUUCUUCCUCCUCCUGCAGACUUGCCCAAAUGCUGAUGAUUCUUGCUUCAUUCAUUUUGUUUCUUGUCUCUUCUUUCUUCCAAGCUUCAGGCAUUUUUUCUAUUCUUUUUUUUCCCCGGCCAUUUAUCAGUUUGACAUGAGGUCAAUUCCUGUUCAAUUAUUUACUGCCGCAAAGCUCUGUUUUCUGUAAGUGUACAUCUAUGUAAUGUAAUACCAUGCUAAAUUAAUAUGUAUGCACAAUUUAAUUUGCAAAA